CGCAACCCGGAAGUUUUCCGUCGGGAGCGGUAGUGCAGGAACCCACGUGGGCUGGGCUUGGGGGUGCGCUGCCGCUGUCCGCGCCGGGGCUGAGCGGGAUCGGGGUGCCAUGGGGAAGCUGCACCGGCGGUACAACGUCAAGGGGCGCCAGCAGGCGGCCCCCGGCCCCUCGAAGGGCCCCCCGGAGCCGCCACCCGUGCUGCUGGAACUGGAGGAUCGGGACACGCUGAAAGGCGUCGAUGCCAGCAACGCCCUGGUCCUGCCGGGGAAGAGGAAGAGGAAGACGAAGGCCCCUCCGCUGCCGAAGGCGAAGAGGCCUCUGACCAAGAAGGAGCGGAAAGCGCUGCAGAGAAUCUUGGAACAGAAGGAGAAAAAGAGCCAGCGCGCCGAGAUGCUGCAGAAACUGAGCGAGGUGCAGGUGUCGGCGGCCGAGAUGCGGCUCUACUUCACCACGUCCAAGCUGGGCACCGGGGCCCGCAUGUACCACGCCCGAGGGAAGGCCGACGAGGCCGCGACCCAGGGUCCGGAGAAGAUCAGCCUCAGCGGGGCCCACCGCAAGCGCCGGCUCCAGGAGUCGGAGGAGGAGUCCGAGACCUCGGUGGAGUCGGAGCCGGACGAGGCCCCGGACACUGAGCCGGUGGACGCCAAGCCGGUGGACGCGGGUGCAGGGAUGGUGGCCCUGCCUCUGCCGCCUGCUCCACCAGGGGACGCGGGGGAGGGCUCGGUGCCCAGCGGUCCCCCAGCUCCUCCGGCUGUGGCCACCUCCCUGCCCAGGGCCCCCGCGAAGCCCGCUGUCUUCAUCCCCGUCCACCGCUCCCCGGAAAUGCAGGAAGAGCGCCUGAGGCUCCCGAUUCUCUCCGAAGAGCAAGUGAUCAUGGAGGCGGUGGCCGAGCACCCCAUCGUCAUCGUGUGCGGGGAGACGGGCAGCGGGAAGACCACGCAGGUGCCGCAGUUUCUCUACGAGGCCGGAUACAGCAGCGAUGGCUGCAUCAUCGGCGUCACGGAGCCCCGCCGAGUGGCCGCCGUGGCCAUGUCCCAGCGAGUGGCCAAGGAGAUGAACCUGUCGCCACGGGUCGUCUCCUAUCAGAUCCGCUACGAAGGGAACGUGACGGAAGAGACCAAGAUCAAGUUCAUGACCGACGGCGUGCUGCUCAAGGAAAUCCAGAAGGACUUCCUGCUGCGCAAGUACAAGGUGCUGAUCAUCGACGAGGCCCACGAGCGCAGCGUGUACACGGACAUCCUCAUCGGCCUCCUGUCCCGCAUCGUGUCUCUCCGGGCCAAGAGGUGCCUGCCGCUGAAGCUGCUCAUCAUGUCGGCCACGCUGCGGGUGGAGGACUUCACGCAGAACCAGCGGCUCUUCCCCGUGCCGCCCCCGGUCGUCAAGGUGGAGUCCCGGCAGUUCCCGGUGACCGUGCACUUUAACAAGCGGACGCCGCUGGAGGACUACAGCGGCGAGUGCUUCCGGAAGGUGUGCAAGAUCCACCGCAUGCUGCCCGCAGGCGGCAUCCUGGUGUUCCUGACGGGCCAGGCCGAGGUGCACGCGCUGUGUCGCCGGCUGCGGAGGGCCUUCCCGCACGUCCGGCGCCGGCCGCCAGAGAACGAGGACCGGGGAGAUUCGGUGGAAGAAACGAGGAAGUUUAAGAAGGCGCGGGCGCGGGCAAGGAAGGCCCAGGCGGCGACGCUGCCCCAGAUCAGCCUGGACAGCUACUCGGUGCUGCCGGCGGGCGAAGGGGACGAGGACCGGGAGGCGGAGAUGGACGAGGAGGAGGCGGUGCUGGGCUCCGACCUGGACCUGGACCUGGGGGACGGCGGGGCAGACGGAGGUGAGCAGCCGGACGCCUCGCUGCCUCUGCACGUGCUACCGCUCUACUCCCUGCUGUCCCCGGAGAAGCAGGCGCAGGUCUUCCACGCUCCCCCCGAGGGGACCCGGCUGUGUGUGGUGGCCACCAACGUGGCCGAGACGUCCCUCACCAUCCCGGGCAUCAAGUACGUGGUGGACUGCGGGAAGGUCAAGAAACGGCAUUACGACCGCGUGACCGGCGUGUCCUCCUUCCGGGUCACCUGGGUCUCCCAGGCCUCCGCCGACCAGCGGGCAGGCCGAGCCGGGCGGACGGAGCCCGGGCACUGCUACAGGCUCUACUCCUCCGCGGUGUUCGGUGACUUCGAGCCGUUCCCGCCGCCCGAGAUCACCCGGCGGCCGGUGGAGGACCUGGUCCUGCAGAUGAAAGCGCUCAACAUCGAGAAGGUCGUCAACUUCCCCUUCCCGACGCCGCCCGCCGUGGAGGCCCUGCUGGCAGCCGAGGAGCUGCUGGUCGCGCUGGGGGCCCUGCAGGCGCCCCCGAAAACGGAGAGGAUGAAGCAGCUGCAGAGGUCGCGCCUGAGCUGCCCCAUCACCGCGCUGGGCCGGACCAUGGCCACCUUCCCCGUGGCGCCCCGCUACGCCAAGAUGCUGGCGCUGAGCCAGCCCGACGGCUGCCUGCCCUACGCCAUCACCAUCGUGGCCGCCAUGACUGUCCGGGAGCUGUUCGAGGAGCUGGACAGGCCGGCCGCCAGCGACGACGAGCUCGCCGCGCUCAAGGGCAAACGGGCCCGCGUGGCGCAGAUGAAGAGGGCCUGGGCCGGGCGCGGGGCGUCCCUCCAGCUCGGGGACCUCAUGGUGCUGCUGGGCGCCGUGGGGGCCUGCGAGUACGCGGGCUGCUCGCCCCAGUUCUGCGAGGCCCACGGGCUGCGGUACAAGGCCAUGCUGGAGAUCCGGCGUCUGCGGGGCCAGCUGACCACUGCAGUCAACGCCGUGUGCCCCGACGCCGGGCUCUUCGUGGACCCCAAGAUGCGGCCGCCCUCCGAGAGCCAGGUGACCUGCCUGCGGCAGAUCGUGGCGGCCGGCCUGGGCGACCACCUGGCCCGCAGGGUGCAGAGCGAGGACCUGCUGGACGACACGUGGAGGAACGCCUACAAGACGCCGCUCCUGGACGACCCCGUCUUCAUCCACCCCAGCUCCGUCCUCUUCAGGGAGCUGCCCGACUUCGUGGUCUACCAGGAGAUUGUGGAGACGACCAAGAUGUACAUGAAAGGCGUCUCCGCCGUCGAGAUCCAGUGGAUCCCCGCGCUGCUGCCCAGCUACUGCCAGUUCAACAAGCCGCUGGAGCAGCCGCCGCCCGCCUACUGCCCUGAGAAGGGGCGGGUGCUCUGUCACCGUGACAGCGUGUUCUAUCGCGUGGGCUGGCCGCUGCCCGCGGUGCAGGUGGACUUCCCCGAGGGCCUGGACCGCUACAAGCACUUCGCCCGCUUCCUGCUGGAAGGGCAGGUCUUCCCCCGGCUGGCCUCCUACCAGGCCUGUUUGCUGUCCAGCCCCAGCACGAUGCUGAAGACGUGGGCCAGGCUGCAGCCCAGGACAGAGAGUCUCCUUAGAGCCCUGGUUGCCGAGAAAGCCGACCACCGCGACGCCCUGCUGGCUGCGUGGAGGAAAAACCCCAGAUACCUGCUGGCUGAGUACUGCGAGUGGCUCCCGCAGGCUAUGCACGCCGACGUGGAGAAGGCCUGGCCCCCGACAGCUGACCGCUGACCCGAUGGCUGGCCGCAGGACUGAGGACUGGUCUAGGGACCCAGGGGGACAGCAGCAGCCCGUCAGACACGGUCCCUCUGGCCCCUGGAAGCCCUCAUACGAUUUGGCCCGAUCUGGGGUGACUGUAACUAUUUAUUAGGGGGUGGGCGAGGGAUUAUCUCAGACACCAACCUGACCUCCUUUUUAAAGGUGCUCCGUGGGCUACAUUAGCGCCUGUGGAGCCACAGGGCGGGCGGGCGAAGCCGCUGAGAGCAGGGGCUACUGUAGGUCCUUCCUCGGGGGUGUCUAUGGCGGGCAGGGCCCCCAGGCUCCCACCCUCUCCUGCAGAGGGGGCACCAGGAGGGGCAUCCCCUGAUGGCCAGCCCAGCAGUGCCUCGCUGAAAUAAAUCGUGGCGUGGCCCAGCUGGCCUGGCUCCUGGUUGAGCAUCGAGCUAUGAACCAGCAGGUCACGGUUCGAGUCCGUCAAAGCACAUGGCGUAAGCCUGGGUUGCGGCU